CCCCCACGGGUGCCUCCCAGGUACCAGGAGCCCUGAGCGCCCUCUGGACCAGGCUGCCCAGAUGCGGCCGCCACUUUGCCUGUUGCUGCUGGUCGCCCACGUCGUGGACACGCUGCCCUUGAACCGAAGGAAGAAGCAAGCAGGGACUGGUCUGGGGGGAAACUGCACAGGCUGUGUCAUCUGCUCGGAAGAGAACGGCUGCUCCACGUGCCAGCAGAAGCUGUUUCUGUUCAUCCGCCGGGAAGGCAUCCGCCAGUACGGCAAGUGUGUGCAUGACUGUCCCCUGGGCUACUUCGGCAUCCGCGGCCAGGAGGUCAACAGGUGCAAAAAAUGUGGCACCACCUGUGAGAGCUGCUUCAGCCAGGACUUCUGCAUCCAGUGCAAGAGGAGGUUUUACCUGUACAAGGGGAAGUGCCUGCCCACCUGUCCGCCUGGCACCGCAGCCCAACAGAGCACACGGGAGUGCCAGGAGGAGUGUGAGCUGGGCCCCUGGGGUGCCUGGAGCCGGUGCAUGCACAGCAGGAAGACGUGCGGCCUGUCAUGGGGCCUGGAGACCCGAGUGCGAGAGGCCGGCCGGACCGGGCCGGAGGAGGGGGCCAGCUGCCAGGUGCUGUCCGAGUCCAGGAAAUGCCCCAUCCAGAGGCCCUGCCCAGGAGAGCGAAGCUCCAGCCAGAAGAAGGGUCGCAGGGAGCGGCGCCCGCGCAAGGACCGGAAGCUUGACCGCAAGCUGGACGUGCGGCCCCGCCGGCCCCAGGCCUGA